AUAUGGAACCGGCGCCGACCGCCCUCCUCUCUCGCGAGAGCGAGCCGCGGCGAGGGGCCGGAGCGGCGCGCGGGCGGCCUGGGACCUGGCUGGGCGUGGGGCGGGAGGUGGAGCUACCAGGGCGCGGGGAAGCCGGGCAGAGCGCGGCGAGCCUGGCGCGGAGGAAGGGGGAGCUGGGCCCGGCUGCCUGGAGCAGGGCUACAGGGCGCCGAGCUGUUGCUGGGAGCAUUGGGGGACCUGGGGGAGAGGCAGGGCACAGGCCUGGUCAUCGAGGCUAUUUUGCUCUCAUACAUCAGAGGGAAACUGCCUCUGUGGUUCUAGUACCUGGAGAUUAAUUUCACUUCCCUAGUGUGACUUACUUCUGCAAACUCAGUCUUAGCCCGCUGCCCUAAGGCCGCCUGUACGCAGGAGCCCAGGGAAUAAUGGGGCGGAGGAAAGCUGCUAAAUCAUCUCCAGCUGGAGUCCCCAGCGUGUUCUCGCUUCAGUGUGAUCCUGUCUUUUGGACUGGCGGUACCGCCUUUUUGUGGCUAGGUGGUAUACAGCGCCAAGGAUCAACAUCAAAGCAAGCAGCUGAGGACGUGCUUAACUCUGAGCACGUGUUUGAGAAUAGGAAAUUCUUAGGGAAUAGGAAAUGGGAUUGAGGCAUUUGCUUCAAAAUGAAGCAUGUAGUGAGAUCCCCUGUGAAAUGGAGCUCAAACUUAGUGUCAGCACCAAAUAAUAAAUGAAGUGAAGUGACUGACACAAAGUCACAGAACAAAUAAGUGACGGUCAGCAUUUGAAUUCAUGGGGGCCUCCCUUUAAGCGCUGGACCAUGCUAUCUGUCUCUUGAGGUGGCGAGUUUUAUAAGCGCUAUUAUUCAGGACAGACGUGAGUCACUAAACUGUUUCUGAGUGGUAUACGCAUGCAAUUGCAUGAAGCGCUGGUUAUUUUCCAAUUACGUAAAAUUGAGUUUGAAAAAGUAGGUGGAUGCAAUAAAAACCAAAGAACUGCGCUAGAAAAGGCUAUUAAAAGACGGGCUGUCAAGUGUCACGGGUAAGGACAACAGCUUUGAUUUCACCCUCUCGCCUUUCCUGUUCCCAUGUUUUUGACUGUCCACUAUUGGUGGGACCACAUGGAGCCAGAUUCUGAGAGUAUCAGCGCUCCCAGGCAGCUAGGGAAGUACAGAAUCAAGAGAGGCAUAUACACUGAAGAGCAGUUCCAGAAAAACUAUGAAAGAAACACUCCCUCCCCAAGGAACAGGGACUUCAGAAUCCAAGGAAGUGUCCAGUGCAGAUUCUCCUGGGCAAGAUUCAGGAAGAUCAUACUCAAGAUGUUUCCUAUCCUGAACUGGUUGUGUGCAUAUCGAGUCAGAGAGUGGUUCCUGAGUGACAUACAUGCAGGCCUAAGUGUGGGGAUGGUCCAGAUUCCGCAAGGAUUGUCAGGAGUUUUGUUAACAAGGUUACCACUACCAAUUGUCAAUGGCUUCUAUUCUGCAUUCUGCUGCUCAUUAACAUAUGUCAUAUUUGGGACGUCGCGCCAUAUCUCCAUUGGUUCAUUCAGCAUUCUGAAUGCAAUGGUGGCAGAUGUUCUGAAGACUCUGAAUUUCAGCUCUGUAUUGACUACUAAUGGAACCUUUGCCAAUUUCUCAGAUGCAAAUUAUAUGAAGAGUUACAUGGAAGCCUUGACACUUACUGCAUCAACAACAUUUCUGACUGGGAUCAUCCAGUUGCUUUUAGGCUGCUUCUGCUUGGGGUUUGUCACAACCUAUCUGCCAAAGACCCUCAUCGACGCUUACCUCACUGCAGCGGCGCUGCAUGUCAUUGUAUCUCAGUUCUCCUUCAUCUUCGGGAUUGUGAUCAAGUUCCAUAUGGGCCCCCUGGCCAUUUUCUACAACCUGUUUCAUUAUUGCAUGGCUCUCCCAAAGGCUAAUGCCACCAGUAUAUUGCUAUUUUUGGUUGGCCUAGUCAUGCUGAGGAUCAGCAAUUGUAUCAAGAUCACUUACAAGCACAGUCCUGUUGCAUUCCCCAUGGAACUUCUCCUGAUUAUUACAUUCACCAUUAUUGCUAACCAUGUGCAUCUGCAUGCUGAGUCCAGUAUGCUUGUGGCCAAAAUGGUUCCACACAGGUUUCUGCCUCCUACGCUGCCAGACUUAUCAAAUUUGAGUAGGAUUGUAGCCCAUGCCUUCUCCCUGGCUAUUGUAAGCUACUUCCUUCUCAUUUUUGUGGGAAAGAGGUACUCUUGUAUUCACAACUACAGCAUUUCCAGCAACCAGGAGCUCAUGACUGUGGGGCUAUGCAAUAUCUUCAGUUCAUUUUUCAAAAGCUUUGCUGUUAGCUGUGCUAUUUCUGGGACUGUCAUUCAGGAGAAGACAGGCGGAAAAACACAGUUUGCAGCACUAAUUGGAGCAUCCAUAAUGCUAGUGGUAGUGAUGAAACUAGGACACUUUUUCCAGUCUCUGCCUAAUGCAGUACUAGCUGCAGUUGUAAUGGUCAACAUGUUCCCAUUUCUUGAAAAAUUUAUGGACGUCCCCACCCUGUGGAGACAGGAUAAGUAUCAUUUUGUUAUUUGGAUUGUGACUUUUGCAGCCGUUCUGUGUCUUGGUCUUGAUAUUGGCUUGAUCAUCGCAAUGGGAUUCACCUUCUUCAUCAUCACUGUUAGGUCACACAGAAUGAAGAUUGUGAUGCUGGGCCUGAUUCCAAACACGGAUCUAUACAGAAGUUUAUCUGACUACAAAGCAGCAGUGGAGAUUGAAGGUGUGAAAAUCUUCCAGUGUUGUUCCUCCAUUUCCUUUGCAAAUAUGAGACACUUCAAAGGCUACUUGUUACAGAAGAUGGAUGUGAAAGCAGUGCCCCUCGAUGAAAAUGAAAUGAGAGCUUUAAUCUCAGUUAGUCUGUCUAGCACUGGAUUGGAGAGAAAGGAUUUGAAGUGUGCCUGUGUUUGUGAUCCACCUGAGCUAUUACCCAGGAUACCCUAUACUGAGAAACUGGUGAAGCGACUUCAUAGGGAUAAUGAGUCUUCAUCAUCUUCCCUGAAUUUGAUACGUUGGUCAAAGUUUGAAAGGAAGCACAGUUCUGGGACUCUCACAACAGGAAUGUUGCAAACACAGCAUGCUCAGUCCACAGCCAUCAGGCUCAGGGCAGGAAGACCUGAAACUGGAAAGAAGAAGGAUGAAGGGAAGAGGAUAUGGAAUUCUUCAGACCUUGGAGUAGAUACUUCCACAACACUAUUGUGCCAGGAACCAGUACAGUUGCAGUCCACAGAGUUUUCAACAUAUCCAGUCCACACUAUUAUUUUAGACUUCAGCAUGGUGCAGUUUGUGGAUUUGCAAGCUUCAGAUUUACUGAGGCAGAUGUUCCACAUGUUUCAGAAUAUUGGCAUUUCGGUCCUAAUUGCCAGCUGCCACCUCUCUGUAAUAGCAAUCUUUGAGAAGAAUGAUUUCUUUGAUGACUGUGUCACCAAAGCACGGUUCUUUCUAACGCUGCAUGAUGCUGUGCUGGCCGCUUUGGAACAGAAUCAAAGGCCAGAGACUGUGGCACUCAGCAUUGGACAGCCUGACGAGGAGUUAGAUGAAGGGCUCACAGAAGAACAGAAGGAGAGAAGUCUGCACUCCGGUAACAACAAAGAUACUUCCUCUUUAAAGACUACCAGGAGCGAACUCUUAAAUGAAGAGCCGAUAUCCGAUCUCUUCCGCACAUAUUCACUCCAGAGUGAAACAGAGAUGAACGUAUUCCAACAGUAUGAUGCUCCACCCCCUGAGCCAGGUGACAGAAAUGAGGAGUGGGAGCAGAAGUGGAAAUAUGCCAGAGAUCCCUGAGAUGCACAAGAACUGACAGGGAAUCCUAGUCCAGUAUAUGGGGAGAGGUGCUGAUAUAGCACAGUUCAAGUAGUUCUUGCCUGCAUUUUGGUGGAGGUUUUUGUCUUUGUCUCUUUCAAAGUUAUUGAAGUAGCCAACUAGCCAGUCCAUCCAAUGGUUUUGCUGGUUUCAGGAAACUAGCACAGUUUAUGAAGUUACCUUUCAGGACUUUCAAACAGAGGGACUAUUUAGCAGCUAUUUUAACCUUUGUAGUGAAUUAACUAUAAAACUUGGAACCAUUAAAUUAAUUUUUACAUGUUUCUGAAAUUCUUUGUAGUUUUUCAAAUAUCCUCAAACACGGCACAUCUUUUGCAUGUUGUUUUUUUAGGGACUAAAUCUUGUUUGCAGUUUUCAGCAGAUUGCACACGUUAUUUCAUUAACCUCAGAUGCAUGCAAAAUGAGGUGACACUAUUGAACAGUGUUUCUCAACUUUUUUGAUACCAGGGCUUGCUGCCUUCCUAAAUUGUGUCAGGGAGAUCUCAGAGACCGGCGCCAGUCCAUGGACUUGGUCAUUGAGAAACACUGCUCUAGAAGAAAGCAUUUCAUCACUGAUACUUUGCUAAAGUUGCCUAGUUUAUUCAGUAAAAACUCAAUACUUUGACUUUUUUUCCUGUUCUUCUAAUACCUCCUGCUGGUGAAUUAUGUUAUUUGCUUCUCUUUUUGGUAGACAUUCACUGAGACUGCAACAAAUGGAGACAUUUAGUUCAGUUUCAUUAUUAAGAAAUGAAAAAAUGGCUUCUUUAGAAUAAGAUAUAGGUGGCAAGUGGACAAAAACAAACUUCUCAGUUGUAUUAUCUGAGUACCAGCCUCAUACUCAAUAGACUGGUGAAACUGUGACAUCACCAUAAUGGCACAUGGUGGGGUUUUAUUUGGAACAGGAGCAGUCUUGCUAUAUCAGGGAUGCACAUCCCAAGACCCUACCAUGUGCACAUUCAGGAAAUUCUUCCCUGGCCUCAGUGCAUAGAGUGAGGACUGAGGGUGAAAUUCAUCAGCACAAGGUCCAUGUACAAUUUAAGCCCCUUUGUGAGACCAUAAAUUAGAUUUAAACAAUGCAUAGUCCCUGUACUGGUCCUGUGCUCCAGCAUGAAUUUCACUCUGUGAGAGCAUCUCCAGCCUCUGCUGUGUGCAUGGUGCGGUUUCUCCGUGUGGAGCAGUAGCAGGGAGACUAUAUAGGACUCUUACAAUGCUGGGCUGUCUUGGCAGUUAAGUUUUAACUAUAUGUGGGUGCAUAGAAAUGUUAAUAUUUAAUUAUUUGUAAUGUUACUUGCAUUAGUAAAUCAUCCAGACUUUUUCAAUUUAAAUUCGUACAGCUUCCAGGGAGUUUCUGGAGGAGGGACAUUGUACUGUAUCUGUG